AUGUAACUGCAAGCAAUUACAAAGAAAAUAAUGUUUCUAAUGACAUUCAUCAUAGCAAAACUGAUAUGAAAUACACUGAGAGCGGAACACUUCUGUUUAACCGUAAAUCCAAAAAAUUAUUUUAUAAAAAUGCCAAAUCUAAAGUUCAAUAUAUUCCUUCUGCUGUUUAUUACAAUACAGUCAACAAAAGAGGAGUUUUGAAAAAAAAUACUGCAGACUGUAAAAUCAAUUCAUCAGAUAAUAUAAACAAUAACAGAUUUUAUGAUUCUAAUCAAAAAAAGUCUGUUCGGUUUAAUGAAUAUGCUGUCGUUAAAGAGUUUAACGGUAAUUUGAGCUUGACAAGACAAGUAAAAAAUUAUCAAUGGCAUCGAGAAUUCAAACGUUGGACAAAAUAUUAA